AUGGCAGCGUGCGUGGUGACCUGCGCCGGCGGGACGGUCGCGCUGGCGGGGUUCGACCCGUGGGCGGACACCGUGGUGAGCUACGACCAGGGCGCCGGGGCGAACCAGGACUACGUCAACCCGAAUGCGUCGUUGGGCGAGCCCGCACGCUUCACCGGCGACAACGCCCCGUUCACUUCACCCGGUGCGGUGACACCCUUCAACGGCGCGUUCAACGUCGACCAGGUCGUCACGCUCGGCGCGGGCGGCUCGAUCACCCUCGGGUUCGACGAGCCGGUCACCAACGACGCAGCGAACCCCUUCGGGAUCGACCUGCUCAUCUUCGGCAACGCGUCGUACCUCGACGCCGAUUUCCCGAACGGCCAGACGGGGUCCCCCGCGACGCUCUUCGGCGAGGGCGGCGUCGUCGAACUCUCGGCCGACGGGCUGACCUGGGUCGCGGCGACCGGUGUCGACGCGGACGGGUCGUACCCGACGCUCGGGUACUCGGAUCUGCUCAAUCCCUUCUCGCCCACGCCCGGCGCGGUCGAGACCGAUUUCACACGACCGGUCGACCCGGGCUUCAGCGCCGACGGCCUGAGCUUCUCGGAGAUCGUCGCGGGCUACAACGGUUCGGGCGGCGGGACGGGCAUCGACAUCGGCGCGUUCGGGCUGAGCGAGGUGCGAUUCGUUCGGAUCAGCAACCCGGUCGGCUCGGGCUUCUCGCCCGAGAUCGACGCCGUUGUUGACGUCGCGGUCCCCGCUCCGGGUGCGGCCGUGCUGGCGUUCGCCGGCGCACUGGCGCCCGCGGGGCUUAUGCGCAUAUGUGCGUACAUCGCGGUUCUGGCGGCGCUCCUCGCUUCCGUUGCGCGCGCCGGGUUCGAGUCCUGGCCGAUGCUCGCCCGCGACGCGUCGCAUAACGCUCGCGCCACGGGAUUCGCGUCCCCUCUCGGAUCGCCCGAUUGGGUCGCGUCGCACGACGAAAACGGCCUCCCGAUCGGCUUCAUCGGGCAGAGCGGGCCGGUGGUGCUCGGGGGCCUGGUCUACGCGCUGGGCGAGUCCGGCGGGAUCGAUCGCCUCUACGCGAUCGACCGGGUCGACGGGUCGGUCCGAUUCAGCGCCGUAAUCGAGCGCCCGGCGCUCGAUUCGUGGUCUUCCCCGCUCGUCGACGAGGCGAACCGCACGGUAAUCGUCGCGUCGGGCGACUCGGUCGCCGCGUUCGACGCGCGCACGGGCGACGCGAUGUGGACGGCCGACCUGCUCCUGGACGUGGUCAACGCUUCGCCGAUCGUCACGUCGGACCUCGGGCCGUCGGACCGGCUCUUCGUCACGGAUUCGGACGGGUUCUUCCUCCAGGGCGGCGGGUCCCUGUACUGCGUCAACGUCGAUCCGUUCGACGGCGCGAGCAACCCGUACGAGCCGGGCGAGAUCGUCUGGCGCAUCCCGCUCGGCGGCGCGUCCUCCGGCAACACCCCCGCGUACGCCGGCGGUGUUGUCUACGUGAGCGACGCGGGCGAUUUCAACCUGGGAACUCCCGGCCGCGUGCGCGCCUUCGACGCGACCUCAACGACCGCCCCACCGCCGCUCUGGACGUUCACCAACACGAUCAACACCGGGUUUUACUCCGGCGUUUCGACGCGCAACGGCUUUCUCUACGCAUCGAGCUACACGUUCAGCGGCGGCCAGGAUUCGGCGAACCUCGUGAAGCUCGACGCGUCGGACGGCUCGCUCGUGUGGUCGGCGCCCUCGAACCGAACAGAUUCGCUCCCGAUCGUGCUCGUUGACGGACGCGUGCUGAUCUCGGCCGGCCUCGCGGGAUUCGGGUCGCUGCCGUCCCUCCAGCUCUUUUCUUCCGACGGAUCACGCCUCUGGGACACGGCGCUCGCGACGCUCGACGGCGGGACGUUCUUCAGCAUCGGCGGCUGGACACACGUGCCCGUUGCUGUCGAAACGGACACCGGCGCGUUUGCGUACGCCGGGACCCCGCCGCUCUCGGGCGGGUUCUUCGGGCCGAACACGGACCUGUACCUGAUCGACCUCGAGUUGGAACCGGGAGACCCCGGCUUUGUUGUCGAGGCGUUCGCGGGUGCCGGCAGCACACCCGCGAUCGCGGACGGCGUGCUCUACACCAUCGGCGCGAGCGGUCUUCACGCGUUCGGCGGGUUCGCCGGGUAUGCGCCGGAAGACGUCGAUCGGAACUGCCGCGUGGACGCCAGCGACCUCUACGCGUGGGAGUCCGGACCGCGACGCGUUGCGUGCGGCGCUGCGGUCGAACGAAUCAGACGAUGUCACCGGGGGUGGAUCGUGAGCGGGCGGCGUGGGUUCACGCUGAUCGAACUGCUGGUGGUCGUCGCGGUGAUCGCGGUGCUCGUCUCGCUGCUGCUCCCGGCGCUGGGCGGGGCGCGGGACGCGGCGAGAACGGUGCAGUGCGCCUCGAACCUCCGCCAGCUCGCUGUCGCGUGGCGCGUGUACGCCAACGAUUACGACGACUGGGCGAUGCCCCUCGCGUACACCUCCUACGAGGACGUGGGCACGGGCGAUUCGGUCUUCUGGUGGGGCGGCGCGGGGAACGUGAGCGGCGAAGUCGUGUACGCCGACGGCUUCCUGGCGCCGUACCUGAGCGAUUCGCUCCGCGAGGGCAGUGUCUUCCAGUGCCCAAGCCAGCCCGAGGGCUCGUACGUCCCGCAGGGCUCGACGGGACAGCUCACCACGACCUACGGCUACAACGGCUACUACCUCUGCCCGCCCCGCACGCCGGGGUGGAGCUUCACGAUCGGCGGGCAACGCUGGAAACGGCUCUCGCACGUCCUGCACCCGAGCGAACUUCUCGUCUUCGCUGACACACUGCUCCCCGCCUCUUCCCUCCCUCGGGGCACGUCGCUUCUCGAUCCGCCGAUGCUCUACGAGGGCGACGGUGAGUGGCGUGUCAACGCCUCACCCACGACGGCGUUCCGCCACAUCGGUCACGCGACGAACGCGGCGCACGCCGACGGGAGCGUAACGACGGAAGCGGCGCAGCCGGGCUGGAUCACACACGAUCGAUUCCGAGUGGGAUCGGUCGGCGAGGCGAACGGGCCGCGCUACGUGCCGGACUGGAUGAGAUGGGACUGA